AAACCGAAUCCAUUCAACGACGCUUUCUGUUUGUCAAUAAAAAUCUCUUCGCAAACCUUUCGACCAAUUUGAAAUUGCAGCGGAUUUUGCGAUCUUCAGAGUGCCAAAGUUACAGAAUGUUUUAUUUUCUAUCGAGUGAUUCAUUAAAGGUGUAUGGUUUGAAUUAACAUCAGUCCUGCUGUCCGAAAAAAAAUGAACAACUUUGGCGAUCGGAUUGAGGAUUUUGAGGUCUACGAAGCACUGGGGAGAGGUGGCUUCGCCAGUGUGUACCGCGCAAAAUGCCUCCGGACCGGAGUUCUGGUUGCGAUCAAAAUGAUUGACAAAAAGUUGAUGCAGUCCUCUGGCAUGGCCAACCGUGUUCGACAGGAAGUAAGUAUCCAUUCUCAGCUGAAGCAUCCGUCUAUCUUGGAGUUGUACACGUUCUUCGAGGACGUUAAUUACGUUUACCUCGUGCUGGAACUCGCUGAGAAUGGUGAACUGCAGCGUUAUCUGCGAGAUACUAAAAAGACAUUCAACGAGUACGAAGCUGCUUCAGUACUGAAGCAAGUAGUUGACGGACUUCUAUAUCUACAUUCUCAUCAUAUCCUUCAUCGGGACAUGUCCUUAGCAAAUCUACUGCUAACGAAACAAAUGACCAUCAAGAUAUCGGAUUUUGGCCUAGCUACCCAGCUGUCACGACCGGAUGAAAAGCACAUGACUCUUUGCGGGACCCCGAACUACAUUUCACCGGAAGUGGCCUCUCGUGCUUCACAUGGCUUGCCGGCUGAUGUUUGGGGCCUCGGAUGCAUGUUGUACACUUUCCUGGUGGGGAAACCUCCAUUCGAUACCGAAGGAGUGAAAUCCACCUUGACGAAGGUCGUGAUGUCCAACUACAGCAUUCCAUCCUACAUAUCUUCCGAAGCUCGAGAUCUAAUUGACCAUCUUCUAAAGAAAAAUCCUGCCGAACGGAUAAAGUUGGAUCAGGUUUUGCUGCAUCCUUUUAUGCGAAAGGCAACAAGUUUCGAGAAAUAUCGGGCCGGUGGAACCCUUGCUUCCAGUGACAGUGGAAUCGUCACCAUGUCCAGCAGUGGUGGAUCUAAUCGUUCAAACAUUCCUUCAAACUUCAGCCAGGAACGGUAUCAACAGACGAACGUGCAUCAAAUGCCUCUACGGUACCAGCCGAUCAGCGAACAUGAGUACGACUUUCAGGAGAGUAUUCUUCCACAGAAACGUCCGCAGUCUGCAUCACACAACAAACCGACAUCGGAUUUCUUCUCCGGUCUGAGCAUCGAACCCCGGACGGUUCCUCCCGCUCGGAUAAUGCAUCACCAAUUGAAUCAGAUAUCACUUUUGCAACAGUUCAAUAGCCUCGAGCUGAUGGAGAAGUACAAUAUCAACAAGGCGGACAUUGCCAGCGUAGGCCGUUCGGCAUCCGAGGGCAGCUCGGGAGUAUUGCUGCAGGAGCACAAUCACCAGCAUCAGCAAGCGAUUUCCUUGCUCAAUUCAAGGCCCAAAUCGGCUUCCAUUUCGAUGCUAUAUCAUCAGCUACCAUCGGGCAAUGCCGAUCCUGCUACCGUUGGUGAUAAAGAGAACUAUGGUUAUCUCCGGGAUAACGAUGAUGCAGAUCGGGGGUCACCGUUGAAUCCGGGACAUUAUGACUUUCUUGAAAACUUUCAAUCAAGAGACAAUCAUCACCCAGCAAAAAGUGGUACUCCAAGGUACGGAAGCCCUGGCAGAUUACACAGAAAGCGCUUCGACACUCCACCACUGGAUACCGCCCGUUUACUACCAAAUCGUCACCAGACGAAAAAUGCCAUCCUCAGCAUUCAAUCGAGCGGGGAAGUCGUGCUGGAGUUCAUCAAGUAUAAAACCCGCUACAAAGAGAACCGAGUGGUGGACGUCUGUCGGAUAUCAGCAGAUGGCUUACGGUUCGUGCUGUAUCACCCCGAGGGGGGCAAAGGCGUAGCGAUCAAAGACGAACCACCGGAUUUACCGCCGGGUGGGGCCGAUAAUAUAUUCAGCUACGAGAACCUACCGGAAAAGCACUGGAAAAAGUACCUCUACGCGGCUAGGUUCGUGCAGAUGGUAAAAGCAAAGACGCCGAAGAUUACGUACUACAGUGAGAAGGCCAAGUGUCAGCUGAUGGAAACGCUGGAGGAUUAUGAAGCGAGUUUCUACACUGGGACCAAAAUUGUGAAAUCACCUCAGGAAGGCAUCAAAAUCGUAGAUUCCAAUGGAACAACAACGAAAAGCACCGCUAGUCUGAGUUCAGUACUGAACACAGAAUAUCAGCAUUUUCAACAAACUUUAGAACAUUGUCUCAACAUCGAGCAGGCUCUAUCUGCGAUUCAAACUGGGAAAACGUUCCCACUCAUCAUUGGCCGGCGACCGGUAACAGCUUCUUCAUCAUCUGCUUCCGCUUCCUCUACCAAAGAAAACCAUCUGCAUUCCAACAUCUCCAGCCCGCAAACUCCGAUGGCACCACAUCAGAUGUCCUCCUUUGCCAUGUCAGUGAAUUCCCAUACGUCAAACAAUCGACGACCGGUCCUGUCAUCCAAACCCGUCAGUGCAAAUUUUUCCAACGUUGCCACGAAAAAAUGCACCAUCCCUGGCGUUGGCACAGCCGUCCAGCUGUCCCAAGGUGUCAUCCAGGUACAAUUCCUUGACGGAGCCACCCUGUCCCUGAUUCCCAUCGAACAGGGCGGUGGAGUGACGUUUUCCUCCGGCAUAGGAAGCCCUCUGCAGCACUAUUCCACCCAGGAUGAUGCCCUGCUUCCGACGGCCUUGCGGGCGAAAAUUGAUCAGAUGCCGUCACUUUUGCGCGAGCUGAAUGCUGCCCCAGUGCCUUCGAUUCCGUUCAAUUUUGUUGAGGGAUCGCCACGGACGCCGUUGACGCGGUUUCUACGAUGAUGAGUCCGUGUGCCUUGUACCCGGAGGAUUCUCAUCAAACCUACCCCAACAAAGUUUGUUAAAGUGACCAACAAAAUAUUUUCCUUUUAAGAAAAGCUCUCUACUUUUUAUAUUUGUACUGAAUUGAUUUCGUUCGGUGGGUUCAGUGGAGAAUCUACUGCACUGUAGGAAAUCUGCAUUAUUUUCUAGUUAAAUUGAACUGAUUGUAAAUUAUUAUAUAU